AUGGGGAAUGGGACAACUGUCCAGGAGUUUACCCUGGAGGGGUUUCCUGCUGUCCAGCACCUGGGGAAGCUUCUCUUCUCGGUGCACCUGCUGGCAUACCUGGCCUCCCUCACAGGCAACACAGUCAUCGUCUCCAUUGUCUGCACCAGUGCCCGCCUGAGAACCCCCAUGUACUUUUUCCUCAGCAUCUUCUCCUUCUUUGAGUGUUGUUUUACCAGUGCUGUUAUUCCAAAGUUGUUGGCUAUCUUUCUCUUUGGGAAACAAACCAUUUCUUUUGUUGCCUGUUUCGUACAAGCCUUCGUCUUUGUGUUUAUCGGGGCGUUCGGUUUUCUCCUCAUAGCUGUGAUGUCAGUGGACAGGUGUGUGGCUAUUUGCAAACCUCUGCAUUAUCCCACCAUCAUGAACCCGAGGACCUGCAUCCUCCUGGUCAUGGUCUGCCUUACUGUGACCUUCACCCUUAUCACUUGGGUAGUAGUGAAGGUAUCUCGGUUAUCCUUCUGUGGCCCCCAUGUCAUCCCACACUUCUUCUGUGACCUUGGCCCUCUGCUCCAGCUCUCCUGCUCUGACACCAGAUCUGCUGAAGCUCUGACCUUUGGCCUUGCUGUGGUUAUCCUUCUCUCCUCCCUCAUUAUAACUACCAUUGCCUACAGCAACAUAGUAGUCACGAUUGUGCAUCUCCCGUCGGCCAAGGAGAGGCAGAAAGCCUUCUCCACCUGCUCAUCCCACCUCAUCGUCCUCUCUCUGAUGUACAGCAGCUGUGUCUUUGUAUAUGUGAAACCAAGGCAGACGAGUAGGCUCGAAUCCAACAGGGAGGCUGCUCUUGUGAACACGGUGGUGACGCCCCUUCUGAACCCCGUCAUCUACACCCUGCGCAACAAGCAGGUCCACCAGGCUCUGAGGGAGACUCUGUGCAGGAUAAAACUAUCGAGAUAG